AGUUUGGGGAAGAAGACAAGACUUGUGUCUUAAGCAAGUACAAUACCAAAACAGGAAGCAACAGAAAUGAAAAGAUCAGUGACUAAGUGGAAAUAUGCCAGAAACGACAUCACUGAAGCUUCUAACUUUGCUCCUUGGAACGACAGCGUUGAGGGCAGCGGGAGUUCUUCGGUUGAUGAUUGGAACGAUACCGUUAGGAGCAACGGUCGACUCUGCUUCCCCUGUUUUAACUGGUUGUCGCGAAGAACCAUUGUUCUUCCCUGAUAUCGAGCACCGGCACACCGGCACCUUCGGCGGUCCGGUCGGUGAACUGUCUCAGUCCUGGAGGCUGGAACCAUAUUUUGGGUUCUUCGAGCUCAGUCUUCUUCUGGUAUACUCUUUCGAUUCAGAGGAUUGCUCGAACUUGACUUGGGGGGUGUUCGGAGGUUUAUCUAGGGUUUUUAAUUUUUGCUUGGGGAAGGAAAUUCUGCCUUCUGAUGUCUCCGAUUUCCAGCUCAGGAGUAAGGAUGGCAAUGGGUCGGGUUGGGGCGGGUUUUGUCAAACCCAAAUUCAAACCCAUGGGUUUAUCCGCCAAAAAAAUUCGGGGUAAAACCUGUUGGGUUUAAGAAACUCAAACCCAACCCAACCCGCUGGGUAUCCGCGGGUUCAUUGGUACCCGUGGGUUUUUGUGGAAAAACAUUUACAAUAACAAUUUUCUUUCAAAAUAAAAGUUUAACAUCAAUUUUCUCAUACAAAUUAAUCAUACAAAAAACACCAAUCUAGAGCAUACAAGCAAACCGCAAAUUAUCAAUACAAAUUGUUCAAAAUUUAAGAUAAACAUCUAUAAACAAUAAGAUUAAUUGAAAGCUUCUUCCUUGUCUACUAAGUUUCUUCACUCUCCACUUCAUAAUAUCAACUUCAUUCUAAACAAUUAGAAAGAACAAAUUAUACAUGUCUCCACAAACAUAAAGAAUAUUAGUUGUUUAAGAAAGAUAUAUUACUUAGAAUAUUAAAUAUACCGGGAAAGUAAUUAUAUGUGUGUGGGCGGGUACCCAUGGGUCAGGUUCACAUAAAUCCAAACCCAACCCGACCCAGUGAAUAGUGUAGCGAGUUUAAACCCGAACCCAGUCCAAAACCCGUCAACACGGAUUUUACCCGCGUUGACCGGGUUGGGUCGGGUGGGUACCCGUGGGUUCGGGUUUUGUUGCCAUCCCUACUCAGGAGGCGCCAGGCGACAAGAGGUAAUACUACGAAGGCCCAAUAAAAUACUGGACACAGUUUUUGUAAUAGCAGCUCCAAGUCUCGUCUCUUUGACGCAAAGAGUUUCUACAAAGAAAGCACUACAGUCUACAAGAACAUUCUUAACAAUCCAAGGAUCAUGAACCAAUCACCGGAGCGCCUCAAGAACGAGGGGUAGCGUCGUUAACCUUAAACAACAUAUUUCUAACAAGUCAUAUCUCGUACUUUUUCCAUAAAUAGUAAUGUUUUAAAAAACAAAUUCCAAAAAUAGCACCCAAUCACAAAAAAUUCCAAAAAUAGCAUCGUUUCUCGAAAAUCGCAGGGUUGGGGCCCGGUUUUCGACGAAAACCGCACGGACUGGAGCGGUUUGAAAUUUUUUUUUUCAAAUAAUGACAAUAAGUGGUCUUGGCAUUACUGGUUCAGUUGUUUAUUUUUAAGCAAGAGGUCUUUGGUUCGAAACACCAUCAUCCCAUAUUAAAUCUUUUUAUUUAGUAAAGAUUUCUUUUUAUGCAAGACGUCUUUGGUUCGAAACACCAUCAUCCUAUAUUAAAUCUUUUUAUCUAGUAAAGAUUAAAAAAGCAACAUGUUGUGGGGUGGUGGUUCGAACCCUGAUAAUAUAAAUAGUUAACUAAAUUUAACAUAACAUCAUCACCACACAACUACAAAUCUUUUGUUGAGACAAUUACAUAUUGACAAAGUUUUAGUCCUUGAACGCUAACAAUCCUCAAUAACUUUGAACAAUCAUAACUUUGUGCUCCAAAAUCCGAACGUCAUGAAUUGUUUUUUCAUUUCGCAUAACUUUUGAAGGAUUACAAUUUUUACUAGGAAGAAAUUUUCAAAACAUGAAUCAUUAUUGGAAAUACAGGGUUUUGGGAAUAACGUUACCUUCCCUUUUCACAAAUCCACGUACAUUCCGAAAUUAUGCCUAUGAUAAAAGUUGUAGUCCUUAAAAAGUUAGCGAAAUGAAAAAAAAAAUUCAUGACGUUCAGAUUUUGGUGCACAAAGUUAUGGCCGCCUAAAGUUUGACGAAAUCGAAAAAAGGCUCGUUCGGGGUAGCAAAUGACGUUUUUUCGAGACGAAGGCAGGACCAAACCGCCUAUUGAAUACCCGAAUGCAAAGUUACGUUCGUUUGAAGUUUCGGCCGAGGUUAGGAGUUGAUCGCGGGGGAAAAAGGACCAAACCGCUAGGUUGGGCAACGGUUUUCAAAACCGUCAAGUAACCAUGCGGUUUUCAGCGAAAACCGCGCCCCCACCUAGCGGUUUUCGUGUAAACCGCGGGAUGGGGUGGCGGUUUUCGAUAAAGGGUGCUAUUUUUGGAAUUUUUCGGGACUGUGUGCUAUUUUUGAAAAAAAUAAAUAGUGUUAUUUCUG